AUGUCAAAAUCAAACUUAGCCACUAUCCUGACACUCGCAGCUACUGGUAGCGCAGCUGUUGACUACAGCCAAUAUGUAAAUGUUUUCAUGGGUACCAAAGAUGGGGGCAAUAGAUUCCCAGGAGUUGUGGCGGCACCGUUCGCUAUGACGAAGCUGGGGCCUGAUGUCCAAAAUGGCAAAACCGAUGCAUACUCUGGCUACUUGCCAGACGGUAGGAUUUGGGGCUUCAGCAUGAUGCAUGAGUCCGGGACAGGAGGGGCACCGAAGUAUGGAGUGGCAUCCCAGAUGCCAGUGAUAGGCUACGUUUCUGAUCCUCUCGCGGACCUCUCACAACUGCGGUCAUCAGAAGAUCAAGGUGGUGUCGGUUGGUACAGAUCCAACCUUGCGAAUAACAUCACUGUACAGCUUGCGGCCACUGAGCACGCCGGUCUCUAUUCAUACGACUUCCCCAGGGGUACGAAUACAUCAUCUUCCAUUGUUGUGGACGUUUCUCAUGUACUACCAAGCUUCAGAGGUCUCGGCUGGGAGCAGCACUACUCUGGUGGCACAUUCAAACUCCUCGAUGACGGACAUUACGAAGGUUCAGGCACGUACAACAAUGGCUGGAACCUGUCGCCAGACUGGACGAUUUACUUCUGUGGAAGAUUCAGCCAAGAGGCCGCAAGCUCGAGGAUCUUCUCCGAAAAUAUUGCGACUAACUACAGUUCCACUUGGUUCGCCGACACUGUACGACUUGGAGGCGUCUUCAGCUUCAAUGAGACUGAAGUGACAUCCCGCGUCGGUAUCUCCUUCGUUUCUACCACAAAAGCGUGCCAGAACCUGGAUGAUGAGAUCGAUGAGAACGCUAGUAUUCAGUCACUGACUGAAGCUGCUAAGGCGCGAUGGAACAAGGACAUUUUCGACAAGAUCCAGAUUUCCUCAAACAAUACUGAAAACCUCCAACUCUUGUACAGCUCACUGUACGGGAUGUUCCUCAUUCCCUCCAAUCGAACGGGAGAGAAUCCGGGGUGGAGCAGUAGCGAACCAUAUUACGACGACGUCUUCACCUUGUGGGAUACCCACCGAUGCCAUAUAUCGCUAUUCCAGAUAGUCCAGCCCACUGCAUACGAAGAGUUUAUACGAUCGCUCAUCGACAUUCAGCGACAUGAUGGAUUUAUGCCGGAUGCUCGAUCGUCCAACUUCAAUGGACGCGUCCAAGGUGGCUCCAACGCCGACAACGUCCUAGCCGACGCCUACGUCAAAGGUGUGAGGGGCUCCGUGAAUUGGGAAGAUGGUUUCUCCGCCAUGCGAACCAAUGCUGAGGUCACGCCACCAAAUACACUCAUUGACCCAAAAGCCCCUGACUCCUCCACCAAAGAAGGCAGAGGCGCACUUCCAGAUUGGCUGCAGUACGGCUACAUUACGCCUCGAUUUACCCGCGCAGUAUCUCGAGCGGUAGAGUACUCGACUAACGACUUCGGGCUGUACCAAGUUGCUGCCGGGCUUGGGAAGACGGAGGAUGCAGCCACAUACUUCAACCGCUCACGCAACUGGCGGAAUCACUGGAACCCCAACGCUACGUCAGAAGGUCACUCUGGCUUCGUCGUCCCUAGGCAGGUGAACGGGUCGUUCGUCCCACAAGGUCCGAAGGACUGCGGAGGGUGUUACUGGGGCGAUGCGUACUACGAAGACAACGCCUGGAUAUACAGCAUGAACGCGAUACACGACGUAGCGGAGCUGAAGGAGAGGAUUGGUGGUGAUGAGAGGUUCAUCGACAGACUAGACAAGCUCUUCGAUCUCAAGAUCUUUAAUGCAGGUAAUGAGCCAGGCUUUACCAGUCCGUAUUUGUAUAAUUUUGUACAUGGGCAGCAGUGGAGGAGUGUGGCAAGAGCACGAGCGAUCAGUGCUCUGUAUAAUUCAGGCGAGAGCGGUCUGCCAGGCAACUCAGAUGCUGGGGCUAUGGAGAGUCUCCUGGUGUGGCAGAUGAUUGGUCUUUGGCCGAUGACAGGACAGACGACCUUCCUCAUUCUUGCCCCGUGGUUCGAUAGGAUGAUGAUCACUCUUGGAAACGACAAGACGCUUGUUAUAUCGACGACUGGUGGUAAUCGUGACAGUGCUCCCUAUGUCCAGAGCUUAAAGGUUAACGGCGAGCCUUGGGACAAGUCAUGGGUGACCUGGGCGGAUAUCUUUGCCAAUGGCGGUACUUUGGAUUUCGUGCUUGGCACGGACAAGGUUGAAUGGUCGACCGGUGACUUGCCGCCGAGCCCAGCUUCGGUGGAGAUGCCCACUCUCUAGUGCCUUGGUAGGAGUGUACCCCAAGAGUAUAUCGAAAUAGCAUCGUGGCGGGAUAGACGGCAUGUGCGACAUGCCCUGGUCAACGUUGAUACCUUCGAGCUUGGAAACAAUGAA